UCAAAAUUAUUUAUUAUUGAAUUUCGAAAAAUUAAAAGGAUUCUUGAGCAGGACAGAGAGUGAUCAGAAAACCGAGCACAUAGAAAAUCUUACAUCUCCCCCUCUUUUACUUCUUGUCCCUUUCAUUAAACCCCUCUAUUAUUCAUAUACACACACACAUAUAAAUAUAAAUAUAUAAAUAUAUAUAUAUAUAUAUAUAUGUCUGCUCUAUCUCACAUAUACGUUGUGAGUUCCACAAAAAUAUUUUUCUCUCAUCUCCCUUUGUCUAUUUCUCUUUCAUGGAAGCACUAGGCGCCAUUGUUGAAAAAUUAUUUGUGGUGCUUUUUCUUCUUGACCAUGUAAAUGGGUUUGAGUUAUUGAAUAAAUUUGGAGGAAAAUCUGGAAGUAGUAGUAAUACUAAUGGAUGUGAUAUUUACAAGGGACACUGGGUUUAUGAUGCAUCAUAUCCUCUUUAUGAUACAUCAGAAUGUCCUUUCAUUGAGAAGGAGUUUGAUUGCCAGAAGAAUGGUCGUCCAGAUAAACUUUAUCUGAAGCUUAGAUGGCAGCCCACCGGGUGUAAUUUACCAAGAUUUGACGGUCAAGAUUUCUUAAGGAGAUAUAAAGGAAAAAGAAUAAUGUUUGUGGGGGACUCCUUGAGUUUGAACCAAUGGCAAUCUCUUACUUGCAUGCUUCACAAAACCAACCCACAGGCAAAAUAUUCGUUGGUUAGGACUGGAGGCCUCUCUACCUUCACAUUUCCGGUAUACAAUGUGAAGGUUAUGUUCUCCCGCAAUGCGUUUCUGGUUGAUACCAUAAGCACAAGUGCUGGGCGGAUCCUUAAACUGGACUCUAUUGAAAGUGGGAAACUUUGGAAAGGAAUCGACUUAUUGAUCUUCAACACAUGGCACUGGUGGCUCCACACAGGAAGAAAACAACCAUGGGAUUUAAUUCAGGAUGGCAAUAAUACACACAAGGACAUGGAUCGCUUGGCUGCAUAUGAGAAAGCUUUGAAUACAUGGGCAAAAUGGGUUGAGACCAAUGUGGAUCCUUCAAUCACCAAGGUCUUCUUCCAAGGCAUUUCACCGGACCAUAACAACGCAAGUGAUUGGGGAGACGCAAGUGCAAAGGGCUGUGAGGGACAAGUGAGACCAGUUCCUGGGCCCAAUUAUCCAGCAGGCCCACACCCAGCACAGCUAGCACAGCUAGUAGUAAAGAAAGUGUUGCAUUCCAUUUCAAAACCAGUUUCAUUGCUAGAUGUUACAACCCUAUCACAGCUCAGAAAAGAUGGGCACCCGUCCUUUUACGGCUAUGGUGGCCACCGCGACAUGGACUGCAGCCACUGGUGUCUCGCUGGUGUUCCUGAUACUUGGAAUGUACUCCUAUAUGCAGAUCUCAUUCGAAGCUAAAAUCCAUUGAUAUGAUCAUAUGCAUUCUUAGGCUUUCUAACAAAUAAUAUCCACCAAAGAAUAGAAGUAUUAUAUUGCAAUUCAUAUCGUCUUCUUUAGUGAAUAAAAAUUUCCCUUAAAUUCUUUUCAUAUAUAGAAAUAUGGUUACCGUUCUGUUCAUGUAACAAUUUUUAUUUGGGAUUUGCAUAUUGGUCUCUCAUCUUUAGUGUA